UCUCUCUCUCUCUCUCUCUCUCAUACACAACACAAGACACACACACAGAGCAAGCAGAGAGAGAGGGAACAAUGGCAAUAUCGGUGGCAAUUGGGUUGAAAACUGUAUUUUGCGUAUUGGGAUGUGUGAUGGUGGCCACUCUCAUUUACACUCUCUCCCUCGAUGGCCUCCCUUUCCGUAAAGACCUUCUCACCCCGUGGAUGGUGGCAACCUUGAUUGAUUUCUAUAUUAAUGUCAUUGCUAUAGGGGCUUGGGUUUCCUACAAGGAAUCGAACUGGAUCAGUGCAUCACUUUGGGUAGUUCUGCUAGUAUGUUUUGGAAGCAUUACAACAUGUUGUUACAUUGUUUUGCAAUUGCUGAAAUUGUCAAUUGGAGAAUCUUCAGAAGAUCCAAUAUAUUACGUUUUAAUGCGACGCCCUAGCAAGGAUGGAAUGGAACACAAGAGGAGGUUUUCUGUUGUAACUACAAGAAUUAUCUUCACUGCUCUGGGUUUUUUGAUGCUGGGAACUUUGCUUUACACUCUCUUGACAGAUGGCUCUCCAUUUCGCACAGAGCUUUUGACACCGUGGAUGACAGCAACGCUAAUUGAUUUCUAUAUCAAUGUCGUGGCUCUAUCGGUUUGGGUAGCAUACAAAGAGUCAAGUUGGAUAAGUGCAUUCAUUUGGAUAGUUUUAUUGGUAUGUUUUGGCAGCAUCACAACAUGCGCCUACAUUGUCCAACAGCUAUUCUAUCUCUCAUCCCAGGAUCCUGUUUGUCUUGUUCUCCUAAAUGGCAGCAACAGAUGAUUUUAUCUCGUGAUGAACCGGCUUCAGAUGAAACUGAUAUUGGAUGUAUAAACAGCAUUUUCUUUCCAGCACCUUCCUGAUGAAGCAUAUUUUCCUUUGUUUUUGAAACAUUUAAAAUACUUUUUGGGUGGGAGGUUUUGACAAUUGGGAUGCACACUAUUCUUUCUUUACCCACCGGUCUUUCUUCAUUUCUUUUAUCUUGGAAGUUUUUUGAGUUCUGUAAUUGUUUUUGAUUUGGCAGAAAACAGUUAUGAAUGAAUGCAAUGGAUCAAUGGUGGUUUGGUGACAAAAAGUAAAGGCUAGUUUGGUUUUUUGCCGAGUACUUCACAGUUUUCAGAUUGCAGAUUGAUAUAUAUACAUACAUUGUUGGAAUGUC